AUGGUCAACCACUCCUUUGGCGGCAUUGUGGGCUGCAGCGCUGUGAAGGGAUUCACCGCGAAGGACUCGUCCAAAUUGGGCACGGCCAAGGGGCAAGUUGUGGGUAUCAUUGAAAUGUGUGCUUUUAUGGUCCCGUCGAAUGUAUCCCUUCGCGACCUGGUUGCAAGCGCACCCGGUGGGUUUCGUACCCAUACCUCUCCAGAUGGGUGGGAGGUUAUUGAUGAUGACACAAUCGACCUAUUCUACAACGACUUGCCGGCUGAGAAGGCUAAGCAUUGGCAGAGCCGGCUUGUGAAUCAUUCAGCGGCGACUUUCGGUGAUAGUGAUAGUAUCUAUGCUGGGUGGGCUGAUGUUCCGGUUUGGUAUCUUCACUGCACUGAGGAUAAUGCAAUGACUAUUCAGGCGCAGGAGGCAAUGGUUGCAGGCGCAAAGCAAGCUGGAGCUUCGGUUACGACUAAGACACUGCAGGCGGGACAUAGUCCUUUCUUGAGCAAGGCGGAUGAGACGGUGGAGUUUAUUCGUGAAGCUUAUAAGAGUCUCUCUUAA